UGGUUAUUUGGGUUGGUUAUGAUAUAUACGAGCAUUGAACUUACUGGCUUGGAAUGUGAUUUUAUUCUGAAAGUACAUGUGAUAGAUACCCUAGCCACAUCUUUUAGCUAAUGUCUCAUCUUUCUUGCGCUGUGCUCCUCGUCCAUUAGAUGACCCACAAGAUUACAGGCAUCCAGUGGCUGGAGACUUUUUGAACUCGGAGGCUACAUUGCAAGGAAGAUGGUGUUUGUUGUUGAGUGGAACUUGCUCUCUGGGAAGGACAUACUGACUUGCAUUGGAGUAGUUUUCCAUGAAGAUUCUAUUCAUUCUACCCAUUGGAAAGUAUUUUUUUUCAGGGACUAAACAUAUCAUGUGCAUACGACGUUGUCUCUCAGAAAAAUGGUCGUCCAUAACCCGUGAUUUUCUAGUCAUGGCCGUGCAGUACAAAGCUAGGAAGCUAGCAGCAUUGGCAUGUUACAUUUCCGCAACCGUUAUCCCUAAACAAUUGGGCGGGGGAGUCAAGAAUAAGGUUGUCAUCUUGCUUUUUCCCUUGUGCUUCGUCGCCUUCUGCCACAUUGGACGGCUUCUACUUGGCGCUCGACUCACCUCCAUGUCCUCUCCUAUGAAUAUUUGGAAGCGCUCGUCGAUCUCUUCCCUCGACAUAUGUGCCGGGCUUAGCGGUAAGCACGCACGCUGUGGUGAGCGGUGGGUAUGCUUGCUCUUAACUGCUGACAAUUGAGCUCGAGCCACCAUUUUUACUUUUUCAUGCGCAUCUGCGUAAGAUUCAGGACCCUCUGCAAGAAGCAGUCACAUGGAUUUUAAUUAAAUUUGUUGACUCAUGUCAUGAAUUCUCUGAACUCAAUUAAUUACAAUGUGUUCUCCCCAUUCGAAA